AUGGCCGUUGGUGUAGCUCCUGGAGGCGAUUCUGCGCUCUCAAACUUGGUGAGCCAAGACCAGGUUCCGUGGUACAAGAAGCGGAAUCUGCGUAUGCUCUACCUCAUCAUGUUCCCGACGUGCAUUGGGAUCGAAAUGACUAGCGGCUACGACUCAUCCAUGAUGAAUGGGCUGCAGGCUGUGCCCACAUGGGAUGCGUUCUUCCACCAUCCCAGAUCCACCAUUCUCGGCCUCCUCUCUGCACUCUACUCGCUCGGAUCCAUCUGCUCGCUCCCUUUCGUGCCCAUGGUCGCGGAUCGGUUCGGACGAAGAUGGUCCAUCAUCUUUGGUAGUAUCAUCAUGGUCAUUGGUGCAGCUCUACAAGCCGCCUCACAGGACUUUGCGAUGUUCGUCAUUGCGCGCUUCCUACUGGGCUUCGGAAUCCCAUUUGCCAUCAUCGCCGCCUCUUCCAUGAUCGGCGAGCUCGCUCACCCCAAAGAACGCGCGCGCAUGGGCUCGCUCUUCAACGCCUCCUGGUUCAUCGGCGCGAUCGUCGCCGCGGGUGUCACGCUCGGCACGUUCCACAUGCCCACCAGCUGGGGCUGGCGCAUACCCUCCCUCCUGCAAGUCGUCCCCUCCCUCCUCCAGCUCACCUUCAUCGCAUUCCUCCCCGAGUCCCCGCGUUGGCUGGUCUCCCAGGGCCGAACCAGUGAGGCGUUCGCGAUCCUUGUCAAGUACCACGCCGAGGGCGACGCCUCCUCCGAGUUCGUCCGGCUCGAGUUCGCCGAGAUCGAGACGACGCUCGAGCUCGAGAAAGAGCAGGCCAAGGGCUCCUGGCGCGAGAUCGUACGCGCCCCCGGGAUGCGCAAGCGCCUCCUCAUCGGCUCCUUCCUCGGGCUCGCGACGCAGUGGAGCGGGAAUGGGCUGACGUCCUACUUCCUGGCGCGGAUCCUGGACAACGUCGGGGUGACGGACGACCGGACGAAGAACCUGAUCAACCUCGCGAUGACCUCCUGGGGCUUCGUGAACGCGACCGGGCUCGCGCUCACCGUGCCCAAGAUGCGCCGCCGCACGGGCUACCUCGCCGGCACGCUCGCGCUGCUGCUCAUCUUCACCGGGUGGACGAUCGCGAGCGCGCAGUACGCGCGCACGAACAGCGAUGCGGCGUCGCGCGCGGUCAUCGCCUUCAUCUUCCUCUACUCGCCCGCGUACAAUAUCUGCUACAACGCGCUCACGUACACGUACCUCGUCGAGCUCUUCCCCUUCCACGCGCGCGCGAAGGGCAUCGCCGUCUUCCAGUGGUGGGGCCGCGCGGCCGGCUUCUUCAACCAGUUCGUGAACCCGAUCGGGAUCAACAACGCGGGCUGGAAGUACUACAUCUCCUACUGCGUCUUCCUCCUCUUCGAGGUCGUCUUCGUCUGGUUCCUCUUCCCCGAGACCUCCGGGCGCACGCUCGAGGAGCUCGCGUUCCUGUUCGAGGGCGACAAGGUGCAACAGGAGCAGCAGAAGCGCAUCGAGCAGGACGUCGUCGAGACGGGCGCGGGCGCGGGAAGCGAGAAGGAGAGCGUGGUCCACAUGGAGGACCGCUGA